GACGAGGUCCGUGACAUUUUCUUUUAUUAUUGCGAAGAGUCAUUUCAUGGUUAUCUGUUUUAGCAUUACUUACUGGAACUGGUGAACUCGUGUACUUAUUGUGGAACACAACUGCUGGCCAUGAUAGUACGCCGUCAACAGCUGGUUAUUCUGUUGGCAAUUACUAUGCAUUUUUUCCACCAAAGAAUAUGUUAGACAAUGACUUGACAACGAGUGUAGCUUUAUACGGUGUUUGUGGUGUACGGACGUUCGGUGCAAACUGUGGUGAAAACACUGGCGCAUAUGUCGUUUCUAACCGCGGCUCGUUUAUACUCGAUUCGUUUCGUGUUGCUACAGGACGCUAUGGUUCUCUACGUGAUCCGAUGAUCAUUACUAUUGAAGGUAGUAAUUAUACAGAUUAUUCUCUUACUCUUGGAUCGAGUUGGACAUUACUCUAUAACGAUACAACAGGUUUAUUAUCCGAUCCUGGGAGAUCCGCUUUCGGUCAAACACAAAUUCUCGUGAAUAAUACUUUAUCAUUCAAAAGUUACCGUUUUCUUUUUCCAUUAGUAAGAGGCAAUGAAACUUGUAUUGAAGUCGCUGAAAUCCAAGUUUUUGCUCGUGGAUAA